AUGACCUCCGCCGAAGAGCUCUUCUGCAACGGCCAGAUCCGCCCGAUCAGUCUCUCCGCCCACCUCCGGCGGCCGCCCCAGACUCUCUCUCCCCUGGCCGAAUCCGACGUGGCGGACGAGCGCGGGACUUCCGUCCGCGGCCGUGAGGCGAAGCCACGCGCCGGAUCCCUCCACCGGAGGACCAGAUCCAUGUCGCCCCCACGCACGGCGAACGACGACGGGGAGCCUAUCCCCGACGGCGACGGAGCGCCGCCGCUGCCUCUGCCGCCUGGAUCUCGAUCCUCGUCGCGGCGGUGGGUCCUCCUCAAGGAGUUUCUGUACAGGAGCAAGAGCGAGGGGCAAAAUAGUAAGUUCAGGGUUUCACUGUCCUUCUCGCCCAUCAAGGAUAACAAGAAGAAAACGACGUCGCAGGGUAACUGCGGUGGGUUAAACAAUAGAAAAAAUAAUAACAGUGACGGUAAAGAGGGUAAAUUUAGUGGUGAAAAAGAUGGGGCGGGUAAAAGGAAGGGGCUGUCGGCGCACGAGGCGCACUACGCCGCAAAAAGGGCGCAGGCGGAGGAGAUGAGGAAAAAGACGUAUUUGCCCUACAGGCAGGGCUUGCUCGGCUGUUUGGGCUUCAGGUACAGAAGCUAUGGCGCCAUUACUGGCUUUGCUCGAGUUUUUAAUCCUGUGUAG